AUGUCCGGGAUUCAGAGCGAUGCUUCUCUUCCUUCGCUCGCGUCGGACGCUCGUCCUCGCCUUACUUGGACGGAUAAGGAGGAUUGCUUGCUGAAGGAGCUGAUUCGCCAGCAUGGGACGAACAAGUGGGCUCUCGUUGCUUCUAAGAUCCGCACCAAGACGAACAAGCAGUGCCGUCGCAGAUGGCAAGCGUUUUUGAACGCCAUGGGCAACAAAGGCGUGUGGACUCCCGAGGAGGACGAGAAGCUUUUGGAAGGUCACCGCUUGUAUGGCAACCGCUGGACUGAAAUUGCUCGCAUGGUUCCUGGAAGGACUGACAACGCUGCUAAGAAUCGCGCGGUUGGUGCAUUUCGUGAUGCUGCUGCUGAUGAUGCGUCCGCGGCGGGGGGAAUCGACGAGCUGUGGCGGAAAGCGGAGCUGCGUGCGGUGACGGCGGAGGUGGCGGAAAGCGAGGCGCGGGUGAAGGCGCUGGAGGCGGAGAGAGAUGCGCGGGAAGCAAGGGUUGCCCGCGCCAGCGAGAGAUGCAGGCAGGCGGAAGUGUCAAUUCAGCAAGCCACGUCAGCAGUGCACGUAGCGCGGCAUGCGCAGUACUCCCUGCGGGCCGCAGAAUGGGCGGCGGCAGUGGGAGUGAGAGAGGGAGUGGCAGCAGCAGAGGAGGGGAGAAGGCGGCUGAAUCAGCUGCUGAUGCUGGCAGGAUCUGAAUCAGGGCGUGGGGGCAAUGAAACCAAAAGUAUUACACUCGGUGGCAUGCUGAUGCUGGAAGGAUCAGAGGCAGCAGCAGGGACGAGAGAUGGCUUGCUGCACGGGAAGCAGCAGCAGGAAGCGAGUUGUGGGGCGGAGGAACAAGGGGAGCAAGGAGGGGCGGAGGGACGGGGGGAGCGAGGAGCUGAGGGGGGUGGGAGGUUGGAGGGACGGCCGUUGGAUACCUUGCAUGCGUUGAAGGCCCUGCAGAUGGCAGCAAGGGAUCUCACUGCAGCAUCCUUUGCCAUGGCAGAUCGUGGUUUAGGCUUGGGUGCUGUAGAGGAGCAUGUGAAAACAUUCUUUAGCCUCCUUCGCCUCCCCCUUCCCUCGCCCACACCCCCACUCCCUGCAGAUGGCAGCAAGGGAAGGGAUCUCUUUGCAUUGCAGCUUCCUUUGCAGCAAGGGAAGGGAUCUCUUUGCAUUGCAGCUUCCUUUGCAGCAAGGGAAGGGAUCUCUUUGCAUUGCAGCUUCCUUUGCAGCAAGGGAAGGGAUCUCUUUGCAUUGCAGCUUCCUUUGCAGCAAGGGAAGGGAUCUCUUUGCAUUGCAGCUUCCUUUGCAGCAAGGGGAGGGAUCUCUUUGCAUUGCAGCUUCCUUUGCAGCAAGGGAAGGGAUCUCUUUGCAUUGCAGCUUCCUUUGCAGCAAGGGAAGGGAUCUCUUUCAGCUAAGGAUCUCUCUGCAGCAUCUUUUGCUGUGUCAGAUCGUGGUGUAGACUUGGGUGCUGUAGAGGAGCAUGUGCUCAGCAUCAAUAAGAAAUGGUUAAGUUAUUUGAAAAUGCAGCGUUCUGUGUUGAACGAAAAUGCUGUGGAUUAG